AUGCUUCUAAAUAGCUUAAAAAAAUCUAUAGAACCAGUAAAUUUUAUUUACCAGUCAGUUCGCCACAACUGUCCUUGGCAUAGAAGUAAUUUUACACAGUCUUAUUUUCCUUUUCAUAUGAAACCAAAACUUAGAUGGGGAUCUUUCGAAGCUAGACAAAAAACAUAUGGUGGUAGAUUAAUGACAAUGAGAAGAGUUUUAAGGGAACAAACAUUUUUGGGAUGGAAUCAUGACACGAAGAUUAAAAAUCAGAAACUUGAAACACCCUUAUAA